UUUUUUUGUUCUAUAGUAUCAAAUUAAUGAGAUUUUUGAAUGUCGAAAUUAAUUUCGUUUUUUGAUGGUGAAUCGAUCGAAAAUGAUUGUUGUUCUAUAAGAUAUUUAAGCCACCAAUCUCAUUCGUUCAUUUGGGAUUUGUGAGAACGAUCCUUAAAAUUAGUUAAGCUUUAUUUAUUACGAAUGAAAAAUGUUUUAUUUAUCAUAAGUUGUUAUAUAAACUGUGAUUGUUUAUUAAUGAUAUCUGAUAUAGCUCCUAAAUCCUAUACAAUUGGAUAUUCAUCGUUUAAAAUUUCACUAUGGAUAUUUUUUUCUCAAUUUAUUUUACCAUUGAAAAAUUCUACAUUUUCUACGCUGUCUUUUGAAGAAGUUCUACAAUUUGCCGUUAGAUUUCGCUUUUAACAAUCAUUUGACGUUUUUUGAAAGAAGAAACAUACCUUUGUCAGUAUGCUUCAGUAUAUCAGAGUAUAAUUACUUGGUAUAUUUCAGUAUUGUAGUAUAAAUCCUGAUUAUAAGCAAAUAAUCAUAUGUGGGAUUUUCUGUUUAAUAUUUAAAAUGACUGAUACAGUAAAUGAAAAUGCUGGAUGUAGUUCCUCAUUUGAAAAAAAAUGGACUAGAAGUGAAAAAUUAUUAUUGUUAAAAGGUCUUAAACUAUAUAGUCAUAAAAAUAUACCCGGUAUAUCUACAUUGAUACCCAACAGAUCUCAAGAAAAUAUCGAAGCUAUGAUAAAUGAAUUAAAAAUUAGAUCAAAAACUGCAAAGAAAGAUAAACAACCUUUAAUAAAUGAUUGGCUGCAGAGUGAAUCGUUUAAAAACAAAAAUACAUUGAUUCGACAAGCAUUACUUUUUAUAUGUUUAUUCGAGAAACAUUCUUCUUCUACAGACAGGAUAUAUGAUUAUAGAGAAAUUUAUCGUUUUCUUUAUAAAUUGACUUGUGGCUAUGAAAUACCUAAACUUUCAGAACAGAAUCAAGAAAUAUUUUAUGAGGCUUUGUCUGAAGUAAUUCAAAAAAUUACAAAUACACAUCAUCAAGAUGUCAUAUUAUAUCUUGAAAAACUUCUUAACCAAAAGAAAAAUGUAAAAACUUAUUCGGGCAAAAAAACUUCUAAAUAAACUACAUAAAAAACAAAGUUAUAUUAAAAAUGAUACAAAAGUUAUAAGUAAAUCGUUAUGGUAUAAUUCUAAUAUGAUUGCAAAUAAUUUAUUGGGUG